CUGAGCGCGCAGAGCAUCCUACCAAAGCUACCAACACCCACGCCGGCCGGCCUUGUAGCACUUGAGAGUCGUGAAAGGAAGGAAGGGCGGACGGAAAGAGCUAGAGAUGGCGGAGACGGUGGUGAGCAUGGCGAGAUCCAUGCUGGGGGGCGCCAUCAGCAUGGCCGCAACCGCUGCGGCCACCGAGAUGAGCCUCCUCCUUGGCGUCCGCAAGGACAUCUGGUUCAUAAAAGAUGAGCUCAAGAUGAUGCAAGCAUUCCUUGUGGCUGCCGAGAAAACAAAGAACAAAAACAUGCUACUGAAGGUGUGGGCAGAGCAAGUAAGAGAUCUAGCAUAUGGUAUUGAGAAUUGUCUUGAUGAAUUUAUGGUGCAUGUGGGAAGCCAGAGCCGUUCUCGACGGCUGCUUAAGCUGAAAGAUCGGUAUCGGAUUGCCAGCCAAAUCCGUGAUCUCAAAGCAAGAGUUGAAGAAGUGAGCAAUAGGAAUGCACGUUAUAACUUGAUCAACACUGAUACCUCCAGCAACAUUGAUGAGGUGAAUGCCAGCAUGGAAGAUGUUCGUAGCCACUCAGCUGGUAACAUUGAUGAGGCAGAGCUUGUGGGCUUUGUUAAGCCUAAAGAGGAGUUGAUUAAGAUGGUGGAUGUUAACUCCAGAGAUGGUCUUUCCAAGGUGAUAUGUGUCGUUGGCAUGGGCGGUUUAGGCAAGACUACUCUAGCAAGGAAGGCAUAUGAUAGCAAGGAAGAUAUUGUAAAUAAAUUUGCUUGUUGUGCAUGGGUCACAGUCUCACAGUCAUUUUCGAAGAUAGAGAUGCUCAAGGAGAUGAUAAGUCAACUUUUGGGUACCGAGUCACUGACGAAAUGCUUGAAAGAACUUGAACAGAAGGCAGUGCAAGUAGAGCAUCUCGCCAACUACCUCAGAGAAAAGCUAGAGGACAAGAGAUACUUUAUUGUUCUUGAUGACCUGUGGACCAUAGAUGCUUGGAAUUGGAUCAAAUUUAUUGCUUUUCCUAUUAGAAACAAUAAAGGUAGCCGAAUAAUAGUAACAACACGAGAUGUGGGCUUGGCUGCGCAGUGCACUUCAGAAUCACUUAUCUACCACCUUAAGCACCUGCAAAUAGAGGAUGCCACAAAUUUGCUACUAAGAAAGAGUGGGAAAAAACGGGAAGACAUGAAAAAUGAUAAGAAAAUGAUGGCAGUGGUCAAAAAAAUAGUAAAGAAGUGUGGUGGUCUACCGCUGGCUAUACUCACUAUAGGAGGCAUGCUUGGCAACAAAAAGGCAGCAGAGUGGGAAAGUAUCUAUACACAAAUCCCAUCAGAGCUUGAGAGCAACCCUAGCCUAGAAGCAAUGAGGAGGAUAGUUACUCUAAGCUACAAUAACUUGCCGUCUCAUCUCAAGUCAUGCUUUCUUUAUCUAAGCAUCUUUCCUGAGGAUUUUGAAAUCAAAAGGAGGCGUUUGGUAGAUAGAUGGAUAGCAGAGGGGCUUGUUAGAGCCAGAGCUGGAGUAAACAUCGAAGAUGUUGGAAUAAGUUAUUUCAUCGAGCUGAUCAACCGAAGCAUGAUUCAGCCCUCAAAAGUGAGCAUAGAAGGACAUGUUAAGAGUUGUCGAGUCCAUGAUAUCAUGCGUGAUGUGAUGGUCUCGAUAUCUAGGGAAGAAAAUUUUGUGUACUUGGCAGGAGAUAAUGCAACUACCGUAGCAGAGGGAAACUUCCGUCAUGUAGCAUACCAUGGUAGUAAGUGCCCAAAAUUAGGCGUGGAUUGUAGCCACGUUCGAUCAUUAACCAUGUUUGGUGAGAGAUCCAUGGAGCCAUCAAAUUCACUUUUUCCAUCUAAGCUGAGAAUGCUUAGAGCCCUGGACCUAGAAGAUGGACAUUUCGUUGUCAGGCAGAAAGACAUCAACAACAUAGUGUCGCUGCGCCACUUGAAAUAUGUGACUUUAAGGCCUCGUUAUUUAUGCUUAAAUAUGCACAAACUACCAGCAUCUAUUGGGAAGUUACAAGGCUUGCAGAGUUUGGACUUGGGAUACAGUUGCAUUACAACACUACCAACUGAGAUUGGUAAACUUGAAGGUCUUCGGACGCUCCGGUGUAGGAACCAGAGGUAUUCCAAUUAUUUUGACCAGGAAGACGGUUGCGAACGCUGGUGCAAUAUAGUGUGUAUGCCCCUUGUUUUGGCUUCUGAUCAUGCCCUGCGUGCUGAAUUUUUUGCGGAGCUACCUAUGAUGUGCACUACUGGUUUUGGUCUUCCGAAGAGCCAUGGUGUAAAGUUCCCUAAAGGAAUCAGUAACUUGAAAGAGUUGCAGAUACUAGAGUACGUGGACAUCAAACGAACUAGCAGCAGAGCAAUUGAAGAGCUUGGGGAGCUUACACAACUGAAGAAAUUAAGAGUGACUACGAAAGGGGCCACCGAGGAAAAAUGCAAGCUAUUCUGGAAGGCCAUUGGGAAGCUCUCUUACCUUUAUUCCCUCCGUGUGGAUGGUGAAGAUCUCAAGUGGCUGGCUUCUGUUCACUUUGCUCCUCCCCUCCUGAGGAACCUCAAGUUGUAUGGAUAUCCUGCAGAGAUUCCAGAGAUGCCCAACUGGGUCGGAAGUCUGAUGCAUUUGGUGAAGAUUAAGUUCUUUUGGAACGGACUAAAGGUAGAAGAAAGAACCAUGGAGAUGCUAGGAGCACUGCCCAACCUCAUGCUCCUUGAUAUUAUUGUUGAUUUUAUUGUUGUGCAAAAGCUAGUGUUUGUGGCGGAAGCAUUCCCGAGUCUCAGAAUACUCGAUAUGCAAUUUAAGCAUGGGCUGAGUGAGGUGAAAUUUGAGGAGGGCACCUUGCCCCACAUUGCAGAGAUAAAAAUGGGAUGGGGCACUCCCUCUGUAGGGAUUGUUGGUAUCAAGCACCUUCCAAAGAUCAAGGAUAUUGAAUUUCGAGGCAGUGGCCAAGUGGCACGUCUUGGUGUGCUGCAGGGGGAAGUGAACUCACACCCCAACCGUCCUGUGCUGCGAGUGUCCAACCAAAAUCUGGGUGAUGCCGUCGUCCAGGUGGAAGAAUCAUCAACUGUUCUUUCUGAUCAGGCAGCAGCAGCAGGAGGGAGUGACAGCGAAGUUGAUCUGCGGUAAUGACAAGUUUCUGGUUGAUGAUCUUCGCUCUGCUUCGUUCAUUCUGCGCCACCUUUGACCUCGCUCAGGUUGGUGCCUUCUGACGCUAUACAGGGCAGAAGGCGUGGAAGAUCCAUUACACUACCCUGCAGAAGAUGCUACAGCUAAUUAGCUGAAUAUAUUGUUAUGCUGCAAUUGAUCAUCACGCUGAACCUUCCAAGUAUGCUGCUAGUUACCUCCUGAUGUUUUUUACUUCCGGGAUGGCAGAGGAUUGCCAUGUAUCUUGUGGUUGUCGGUGGAACGGAGGUGACGGAGCAAGAUCUCAGAUAGAAAUUACAAGUGACAGCUACUAGCCCAGAUGAUUGUCAAUUGUGUGGUCAAGAUCAUGGAAUGGAUGAUCAAUCUGAUGGGAAGCCCUGAAAUUGUGAACACAGAGUACUUGCUUUUUUUUUCACGAAUACGCAAAGCUUGCGUAUCAUUACAUUGAUAGAAGGUACUUGCUUUGUUUACUAGUACUCUCUGUGUUUCAUUUUUCUGUUUUAAGUUCCAGUGGGAGUAUUUUAAGUAGCUGCGAGUUGUGGUGUUGUACAACAUGGCGCAAACCUAAAGCUGGUGUACUACUGAUUUGGGUGUAGAAUAUUUGCUGUGCUGUAUCAACGGUGCUGUGAGCACACCGCUAACAGCGCAAGCUUUCCUAGUUUUAUGUGUUUGGGUGACCAUCUAUCUUUGUUGAGGGAACUUAUGUUAUGUGUUUGUGUGACCAUCUAGUUCUGAUGUUUAAUCUA